CUUUUGCGAGGGGAACCCGUGCGAGCCCGGGGCAGGCGUUGGCAGUUGGGCAGAAACUCUGGGGACGAGGAGGAGGCGGAGCUCUGCAGGUUCAUAUUGAGAUUCACUAACUUGUGACUUAUGCUGCAACUAAAAGGCAAUCCACCGUAUACUGUGGUUCAGUACAAUGCAGAGUUUGGAGGAUAGACGAGUGAUGCAUCUCUCUUAUAUUAAUAUGGAAAAGGGAGACGAUUUAGGACACCAGCAGCUGCACAAAAAUGGCCUAAAUGAGCAGAAUGAGAUUCUUCGUCUUCCAAAUAUCCAUUCAUUAGUGAACAAUUCUCACAUGGAUAAUAAUCAUUUGCAAAAGGAGUUUUUCUCUCUUAAGAUUAGGAACUGCGCUCUAUUUAAAGCUGUUCCAUUGCCUCAUAUUGGCAAAAAAAUGCCACCACAUCUGAGCGAUACAGCAAGUGGAGCUGCAUCCUCAAAGGAAUCACUUGGUCUGCUCUUUUCUCCAGAAAAAGGUACAUUUGAGAAGCUCUUUAAACACUUUGAAGGCGCUGCAGUGAUAGGAUGGCUGCAGAGAGCCCACAACUUCAUUGGUGACAUGGGCACAUGGAGUUAUUGUGGUGAUAAUUUUGUACGCUUUGCACACUUCUGGAUAUCUGAGCUCCAGUACAAUCAAAAACAGCAACUGUUAGAACUGGAAAUGGGGGUUAUUGAGGAUGAAGUACGCCUUGCAUUUGAGGGAUCAGACUCCAAGGAAUUCCAGCCAUCGGAUUUGAAUUCCAUUCUUGCUGCUGUACUGAGUGAAUAUCCUGUGGGACUUGUGAACAACCAGAACCCAUAUGUUUUUCUUGACUACUUAAACCUUAUGUCUUCAGCUGAUACAUCUGGAUAUAAGAAAAUGCUUUCAAGUAUACAGUACACAACCAAGAACCCUCAGAUAGCUCAGUGGUUACUAGCUAUACGAGCAUUUGCGCUUGCAAAUCUCUGGCAUGCAAUAGUGAAGUUCUAUAAGGCAUUGGUCAAAACCCAGCUCUCUUCUGAACAACCUAUCAAGAGUUCUGUUUCUGCUACUAGAAAGCAAUCCAGUGAAGUGGUUAAAGAAAGGUGCAGCUUCUCAGUUGGCAUCCUAUCCGCAACCUUAAUUAAUUUCAUUGGAAUUUGUGCAAGGGCCCCAUUGAAAUCUAUUGAUGUUGUUUUGCAGAACAGCUUAGUCAAUUGCAUUUCUAGGUUUCCCUAUAUAUACACAGUGGGACAUUGACUGAAAUGCUAAAAUUUAAGGGUCUUGACUCCGUCACAUGUGCACAGUACCCCAAUGCAGAAGAGUUCUACCAGGUGUGUUUUCCCCAGUCUCGCAACACAGGUUUUAAAUCUAAGCAGUGUACAAGGGAUCAUAGAAUAGUUUAAUUGGAAGGGGCCUAUAAAGCCAUCGAGUUCAACCUCCUGCUCAAUGCAGGAAUCCAACUUAAAGCAUACCGGACAGGUGGCUGUCCAGCUGCCUCUUGAACGCCUCCACUUUUGGACAGCCCACCACCUCCCUAGGGAAUUAGUUCCAUUGCUGUCUUGCUCUAACAGUAAGUUUUUUGUAAUGUUUAGUUGAAAUCUGACUUUCUGUAACUUGAGCCCAUUAUUCUGUGACCUGCACUCUAGGAUGAGUGAGAAGAGAUCCUGGCCCUCCUCUGUGUGACAACCUUUCAAGUAUUUGAAGAGUGCUAUCAUAUCUCCCCUCAGUCUUCUCUUCUCCAGACUAAACAUGCCCAGUUCUUUCAUUCUCUCCUCAUAGGGACUUUGUUUCCAGUCCCCUGAUCAUUGUUGUUGCCCUCCUCUGAACCUGUUCCAGUUUGUCUGCAUCCUUCUUAAAGUGCGGUGUCCAGUCAUUAAUAAAAAUGUUGAAGAGCACUGCACCCAGGACCAAGGACUGCUGCACCCCACUUGUUACCUUCCCCAACUUUGAGAAAGAACCAUUGAUAAGCACUCUUUGAGUACAAUUCUGUAGCCAACUGUGGAUCCACCUGAUAGUUCUUCCGUCUAGACCACAUUUAGCUAGCUUGCUAAUCAGAAUAUCAUGGGGCAGUUUGUCAAAAGCUUUGCUGAAGUCGAGAUAUAUUAUGUCCACAGCAUUCCCACAGUCUACAAGGGAGGUUACCCGAUCAAAAAAUGAGAUGAGAUUAGUUUGGCAAGAUUUGUUCUUCAUAAAUCCAUGUUGGCUUCUAGUAAUCACCAUUGUUUUCAAGGUGCUUACAGACUGACUGCUUUAUAAUCUGCUCCAGAAUUUUCCCAGGGAUUGAUGUCAGGCUGACUUGUCUGUAGUUUCCAAGUUCCUCCUUUUUCCUUUUUGAAGAUAGGGACAACAUUAGCUCUCCUUCAGUCAUUCAGCAUUUCACCCAUCCUCCACGAUUUCGCAAAUAUAAUAAAUAGUGGUUCCAAAAGUUCUUUGUAGGAAUUGAGCACUUUUGCCUUUUCUUUGACAUCUGUUAUCAUUUUGCCAUCCUCAUUGAGUACCUCUACCACCAUUUCUUUUCUCUGUCUUUUACUAUGGAUAUACCUUUGUUGCUUUUAGCAUCCCUCCCCAACGUCAGCUCAUUCUCAGUUUUAGUCUUCCUCACACCAAAUCUGCAAUUCCAUGCUGCAUGUCUGUACCUUGUACAUCUGUUUGUGAUCUGGCCUUUCUUCCACUUCCUUUAUUUGUCCUUUUUUGUUUUCAGGUCAUCUCUAAGCUUUUUGUGAAUCCACAUUGGCUUCUUCUGCUGUCUUCUCCUUUUUUUCCUUGAUGGAAUUGUUUGCCAUUGUACCAUUAGAAUUUCCUUUUUUUGAGGAAAACUUAGAAACUUCCACCCUUCUUGGACUUCUUUUCUCAUUAGAGUCUCUUGCCUUGGAACCUUACAUAUUUGAGUUUAUUAAAUAAGCUUUCCUGAAGUCCAGGGUACGCAUAUGGCUACUCUCAGCUUUUGCUUCUUUUAAAAUUAAGAACUCAAGCAUAAAGUGGUCACUUUCCUCUAGAGUUCCCAUAACUGCCACUUCAUCCGCUAAGUCAUUUCUGUUGAUUAGAAUCAAGUCAAGGAUAGCUGGUCAUCUAGUUCACCUGUCGUGUAUGCUUUAACCUGGAUUCUUGCACUGAGCAGGGGGUUGGAUUCAAUGGCCUUAUAGGCUCCUUCCAACUCUACAUUUCUGGGAUUCUAUGACCUCCCAUAUCCAGUCCUCCCAGGGUAUAUCAGGUACCUAAGGACAUGGGAGGUGCACAUAAGACCUCCCAUUUUUUCCAGUGCCUUCUCACAUUGUCUAUAUGCAUAACUAAAAAAACUCAAAGGGCUGCCUCAAAGGUCCACCUACUGCAGCAUCCUAAGUCUCACAGUGGCGAGCCAGAUGUCUCCAGAAAGCCCACUUCAGCUCAGUUGCAUCCCAGCAGCAGGUGUUCAGUGAAAUGCUGCGUUUGAACAUGGACAUUCUCUGGCCAUUGUGACUACUAGCUAUUGAUUGGCCUCUUCUUCAAUUUGUCUAAUUCUCUUUUCAAAACUUCUAAGCCUGGACCCAUCUCCACAUCUUAUGGCAGCGGAUACAUUGUGUGAAGUGCUUUCCCCAUGAGCUUGCAUUGGGAUGGGGGAACGGAGAUAAUGAGCUCUUCUGAGCAAUGUCGGACUCUUCUGUAGGUGCUGUGCUUGCACUCCACUAGAUUUUCUGUCAAGAAAAUGUUUAAUUCUUGUUGGUGUGUUUCUGUAGUAAUUGUUCUAGUGCAGGGAUGGAGAGCCUUUGGCUCUCCAGAUGUUACAGAACUGCAAUUCCCAUCAUCCCUGGCCAUUGGCCAUGCUUGCUGGGGCUGAUGGGAACUGGGAGUUCAGCAACAUCUGGAGGGUCAAAGGCACCCCAUCCCUGUUGCGGUGGGCUGCUCAGCGUUUUAGAUUUGGCACUAUUAGGCAGAUUCUUACAGUGGCUUUCUAGAUCAUAACAUUUUACUAGAAAUUAUUUUGAGAGGGGCUUCUGUAGCACAUUAGAAUUCUGUUUACAACAGAAGCAAAACAGGAGUGCAUUAAUGUUUGUACAAAUAUGUGACUUUCUCAAAGCUGGUGAUGGGGCUGCAUGGUUACAUCACAGGAAGGAGUUGGAGGUCAAAGCUUAGUCAAUGUUUUUAAAUGGUAUAUUUUUCAGAAUCCAAAUGUUACCUGCAAAUUUGCUGAAUUUUAAACUUUUCUGUCACCAUUGUCAUUGCAAUUAGCAUAAUAUAUCACGACUGAAAACCUCAUAGACACUGUGAUGAUUUAAAAUUUGAAUGUGAAAUGCCACAGGAUGCUUUUUACUGAGCUGCGUUGAAAAGGAUAAAUAAAAAGUCAUGUUGGAAAGCA